AUGUCCGAUAUCCAUACGAGGCCGUUCUCAAAGAAUUACAGUGGGCUCAUAAAUCAGACAGUAAUAGCCAUUGGGAUUACAGUGUUAUGCGUCGGUGGUCAGGAACUCAUGAAGCGAGUGAGGAGAGGCAAAAGUCAACGCAGGGACGCCAUUUCGUUGGGGAGUCGUGAAUCAUGGGAAUUCGGGUAUUUGUAUCAAGGGAGAAGUUGGGCAAGAUAUCCUUCGUCACCUUCCCCCCGAGGAUGGCCGUUGUCCUGGGUUCCGCAAGUGGUUCGUUUUCCAGAAGACAAACUGAACGAACUUCGGGGUCUUGAUGCUGUUGUAUAUAUACGUUUCCUUCGCGGCUGUUUUUGGUUCACAUUACUUCAUGUGUUAACGACCUUCCUCAUUCUCUUUCCCAUUCACCUUGAAUUCUCUGAAGAUGACAUCUCCCCGAAAUCGAUGACCCGAGCAUCCAUAUCCUCUCUAGUUGGAUCCCAACAUGGCAAAUCCCUACUCUGGAUCCACAUAUGCCUCCUUUUCUGGAUCACCUUAUCCUGGAUAGCUACCUUAUUCUGGAUCAUACAUGGAGCAUUUCGAUUCCGCGCCAGGAACAUAGCUCACCGUGCUCAACAUCCUCCGACAGAAAAACAAUAUUACCCUCACCCCCAUCCUCAGUACCACUUUACAGAUAUUCCUCCAACGGAAGUCGAUUUAUCGAACGAUGGUCUUCGCUUCCGCACGAUUAUGGUCACCAAUAUUCCUCCUCAGCUUCGCGAUGAGAAGGAAUUGCAAGAGUAUUUCGAGUACUACAUGUCGCGGAAACUCGAGAAGCCCGCCAUGGGUGUCAACUCCACGACACAACCCGGAUUCAUAAAUAAAUCUUUGGCAUUCAUCUUAAAUCAUGCGAAGCGGAUACCCGUCCAACUAGCUCGUACUCAUGAGGGUGAAAGUCAGCCGACAUCCAAUUCACGGUCCAAUCCGGAUGAUAAACCAGCUAUCGAACGAGUGAUAAUAGCCCGCAAGAUGACAGAGCUUUCAUCUUUACUCGAGAGGCGAGAGGACAUUUUACGAUUACUGGAGACAGCACACAUCAAAUUGGCUAGGAAGGCCCUCGUCGAUGUCGCACGUGCCAUGAAAUGUAAGGAGGAACAUAGGCCUUUUGCUCGGAGUAGUUCUAGAGCUGCGUUGAUUGCGAGGCAACGGAAAUUUCCGGCUGACGUCGAGGUCGGUGACCCCGCUCAACUGAGUGAGGAGGAGAGAAUGGACCGGCUCAUCAAGGUUUUGGGACCAUUUGUCGAACAGUUUGGGUUGUUGGAAAGUUACGCCAAUUCUAGGAAAGGGUUCAGUCUUGAUAGAAGUGCAUUCCGGAAGCUUCGUUCCGAGGGUUCGCAUGACGACGAGCAAGAAGAGGUGCCUCCCACCUCUGCAUACCCUCCAGCCUCACCUAGGCUCAAACGGCGCAAUAAAACAGUGUGGGACGCACUCCUCUCCCUCCCCCGUAACACCUUGGACGCAUAUCAACCACUUGUCAACCUCUCGCAUCUUUUCCGUGGAAAAACGGUGCCCUCUAUCGAUUAUUACACUGCGAAACUGAAUCUUCUUACAUCUUUGAUCACGGAAAAUCGCGCAAAACCUGCCAAAAAAUACGAUCCAGUCUCUACGGCUUUCGUAACAUUUGCUCAAGCUGAAGACGCCAGAAGGGCUUGUAAUUACCUUGCUGUACAUCCACACAAUCCUCUAACUUGUAUCGUGACCAUGGCCCCUCAAUACUCUGACCUGGACUGGAUACGAGUAAUGAAGUCAUCUUACAACGCAGAGUUUGUCAAGGACUGGGUUGUCAGCUUGGGAGUCUGGGCAUUCACCCUCUUCUGGCUCUUUCCAGUAUCAUUAUUCGUCGGUCUUGUCUCAAUCCAAAACAUCAGUGUGUUCUGGCACGGUCUGGGAGCUUAUUUAGAGAAACACGCAUGGGAAGCGGAAGUUCUUCAAUCGUUUAUCCCCACCCUUCUCGUCGCACUUCUUGCCCUCCUCAUUCCUCUUAUACUCUUGCUCAUAGCCAAAAAGGCCCAUACGAUAUUAACGCUGUCUUCCCUCCACGAUCGCAUCAUGACACGCUAUUUUAAGUUUUUGAUUGUCAACGUUCUGGUCUUUUUCUGUGUUGGAACUGCCGCAUUACAAUCCGUUCUGGACUCUCUGCGUGCUUCAGGGACCACUCCGGAUGUAUUGAGUGUUGUUGCGAAUAGUUUUCCAACUGCUGGACCUUUCUAUGUCGGGUGGUUAAUCUUCACGCUUUCAAUGCAUGGUGGAUUUGAGAUCGCCUUACGUGAGUAUUUCCCGGGUCUAACCUUCACACUACUCACUGUAUUCUUAGUUGGUCUCCCUCUGAUCAUGUACCCCACUACGAGCCGACAAAUCACGCCACGGAAGCGCGCUGUGGGCAUAAGACCGCGCACACUCAAUUUUUAUUAUUGGCUUCCAACCCAUCUUCUGGUCAUCCAUGUUCUCCUGCUUUUCUCUGUACUGAACCCGUUUGUUCUUCCUUUUGGCUGUAUAUACUUCUUCGUUGAAACUGGUGUUGUGAAGAACCAGUUGAUCCACGUUUACGCCAAACAUUACGAAGGGAACGGGCAACUCCUUCUGAUUCGUAUGAUUCGAUACUCGCUCGAUGGAUUGAUUUUGGCCCAGUCUGUAUUCUUGGCGUACAUGGUGGUGCUGAAGAGGGAGGUGAAUGUUGGCUUGGCUGGCUUCUUGGUUGCGUUCACCGCCAUUAUGAAGAUCUUCAUAACUCGAGUAUGCCGCGCACAAUUUGAGGCGGAUGACAUAGCAGAGGCGGAAAUUGUAUGUGGAUCAGGUUCGCCACCGGCAGAAGAAGAAGGCUUUGAAGACCUAGGUGAAAGUCAAUACAACGAGAAUGAAGCGGGAGGACGCCAGUUAGUUCCUGCCGUAGACGAUUCCAAAGUCACGUGGCGUCUACCUGCAUGGGUUUCUUUCUCUUAUGCGACUGUUCGACAUCGUCCAUCCCAUCCACUACAGCGCUAUCCGAUUCCAUUCCGUUCGAACCCCGAUAGGUCAAGACUAUCCCGUAUCAGAUCCCUUCCAACCAAUCCCUCUGUGCUGUAUUCUGCGACACCUGAGGUCAAGGAGAAUCCGAGCAUACCUGAACCUUGGGAAUCAGCUUUCUCAGCGGCUGCCUCUUCUGGGUCGGACACUCAGGUAGUCUCUCCACACCCACACCCUGUACCUUGGGAUGACCAGCAUAACAUCGAUAUUCCUUACGACAAUCCCUACUACACCAGAACAAUCAGCAAUGCCCUGUGGCUUCCUCGUGAUCCAUGUGGCGUGUUGAAUUUAGAUGAAACGAUCGACCUCAAGGUAUCAAUCUCUGUCGACCCAUCGUGCGGUCAGAUAGGAAGCUGGACGGGUCUCCCCGAAACCAACUCUCCGUCGCAGCUAACGACAUCAUUACCUUCCACACCAACGAACGAACCCGAACGCACAAGUUUGGUGCCAUACUCCGAACCUGAUUAUGUUGAUGGCUCAGAAAUCAUCGACCUUCCUGUUGUCCUGGCAAAGAGGGCAGAAGUAAAAGAUGAUGUGGAGAACACCGUACGACCGCGAAGGCCUUCCACCUUCCGUCGAAGUCCGAGCAACCCAGACAGUAGUCUCUCGUUCAGGCGUCCAAGUUCGGGGUCCGGUAAACAACCUCUAUCUUCCUAUCGGUCGUUUUCAGAAACCCUACGUCCUCCGGAGAAAUCCAACUCAAUUAUGUCAAUUGUCUCCCAACAAACUCCGAUUGAACGUUCCGAAUCUGCGGGUGAAUCUACCAUCAGACCUGAUGCUCAUGCACAAGCAGAGCUAGUUCGCGAGGGUAUAAAUCCCACGUCAUCGCGAAUAUCCUUGGAACGACCGGCUUUACGGAGGGCGCCAAACAUCUCAGCAAAUCGUGCUAUCUACCAUGAAGUCCUGGCAGAAGAGAUACUCGCUUUCCAGAAUCGUAUGGAUGAGGAACAAGCUGAAGCUGAGAAGACACGGACUCAGAAAUCAUGGCUUACUUCAUGGAUGUUCAAGAAGCAGGGAGAAUAA